AUGAUUAUUCUUUCUUAUAAUUCAAGAGGUUUGGGCAGGGGGAUUAAGUGGGCUGCCAUUAGGAGGCUCAAUUUAAAACACAAGGUGGAUCUUGUGUGCAUUCAAGAAACAAAAAAGGAACGUUUUGAUAAGAUCAUCUGUCAGUCUAUAUGGGGGGACUCUACUGUCUCUUGGGAUAAUAUCCCCUCAGUCCAGGCAUCUGGCGGUUUGCUCUACAAGUGGAAUAACUUAACUUUCGAGGUGGAAAGAAGGGUCAAAGGUAGAAACUUCUUAAUGCUGGAGGGGAGAUGGGUGAAAGAAAAUCAGAGGCUGUACAUAGUUAAUGUUUAUGCCCCUUGUGAUCUAGCUGGGAAAAGAGCCUUGUGGGAUGAGUUGAGGCAGUUGAAGGUUUCUAAUCCUAAUGGUUUAUGGUGUUUCCUAGGGGAUUUUAACAGCAUCAGGAGUCAGGAGGAAAGAAUUGGCUCAUCCCAAAGGAUUGCUGGCACUUUUGACAUCUCAGAUUUCAAUGAUUGGAUAUUUGAGAUGGAGCUUCAGGAAAUUAAGUGCUUUGGUAGCAGGCUUACUUGGUUUAGGCCCAAUGGUAGUGUGAAGAGCAGACUUGAUAGAUUUCUGGUUUCAGAUCAAUGGAUAUCUCUAUGGCCUGAUAGCUUUCAGCAUGUCCUUCAUAGGGAUUUCUCAGAUCAUUGUCCAAUCAUCUUGAAAACAAGGAUGGUGGACUGGGGUCCUAAGCCUUUUCGGGUUGUGGACUGGUGGCUCAAUCAAAAAGGGUACCAAAGAAUGGUGAAGGAGGCUUGGAUCAGAGAUCAACAGGGUGGUUGGGGGGGAAUUGUUCUUAAAAACAAAUUGAGGAACCUAAGAUAUUCUAUAAAACAAUGGAGUAAAGACAAUGGGGAUAUUAAUGCCAACAAGAAUCAGAAUUUGAGGCAGAAGUUAUAUGAUUUGGAAACCAUAGCAUCUGAUAGAAUUUUGUCCGAAGAUGAGGUUAAGGCCAAGAAAUCCAUCCAACAAGACCUGUGGGAUGCUUCAAAUGCCUAUGAAUCUCUGUUGAGACAGAAAUCUAGGGCUAAGUGGAUCAAGGAAGGUGAUAGCAACUCAGCAUACUUUCACAAAGUUAUAAAUUUCAGAAGAAACUACAAUGCUUCUCAGGGACUCCUCAUUGAUGGUGUAUAG